AUGUUAGUCCCUCUUUCCGUCCCUCUAAGAGUUACCAAAUCCAUUUCUUUCACAUUCGCACCAUUCUAUGGAAAACUGGCCUCAGUUUCUGCCUCCAGUUCAUCUUCACUCUCUACCCUUCCACUGUCUCCGUCUCACCAACAACUCUCACCAGACUUCACCCCAGUGGAACUUCUCGACACCCUUCGUCGUGAAAACGAUGAAACAUCGGCUCUUUGCCUCUUUGAAUGGGCUUCAAAGCAGCUUAAUUUCACACCUACUUUGCCUGUAUACGAGGAAAUUCUUAGAAAGCUCGGACAAGUGGGGUCUUUCAAUUCAAUGAGGCAUAUUUUGGAGGACAUGAAGCGGACCCGGUGUGGGGUGAAGGAAGGUACUUUCUUCAUUUUUGUUGAAAGUUAUGCGAAAUUUGAUAUGUAUGAUGACGCUAUUGGUGUUCUUGAUAUGAUGGAACAAGAGUUUGGGUUGAAACCGGGCACGUUUAGUUAUAAUAUUUUGUUGAAUGUUCUUGUUGAUGGAAACAAGUUGAAACUAGUUGAGAAUGUGCAUUCCAUUAUGAUGAGUAGAGGUGUGAAACCGGAUGUUUCAACUUUUAACAUUUUGAUAAAGGCUCUUCGUAAAGCUCAUCAGAUAAGACCUGCCAUUUUGAUGAUGGAAGAGAUGCCUAGCCGUGGUUUGGUGCCAGAUGAGAAGACAUUCACGACAAUAAUGCAGGGUUAUAUCGAGGAAGGAAAUUUGGAUGGUGCAUUAAGAAUUAGAGAAGAAAUGAUAGGUGCUCAAUGCCCGUCAAGCAGUAUAACUGUUAAUGUUUUGAUUCAUGGGUUCUGCAAAGAGGGUAGAGUUGAGGAAGCUUUAAAUUUUGUGGAAGAUAUGACCAGAGAGGGGUUUCACCCUGACCAGUUUACAUUCAACACCUUGAUUAAUGGUUUGUGCAAAGCAGGACAUGUAAAGCAUGCUCUAGAGAUCUUGGACUUUAUGCUUCAAGAGGGAUUUGAUCCUGAUGUUUUUACAUAUAACACAUUGAUCUCUGGACUGUGUAAAUCGGGUGAAGUUGAAGAGGCAAUGGAAGUUUUCAAUCAAAUGCUUUCACGAGAUUGUUCUCCUAACACAGUCACUUAUAACACUUUAAUUAGCACCUUGUGUAAGGGAAACCGACUGCAAGAAGCCACUGAAAUUGCCCGUGUUCUUACAAGCAAGGGAAUUUUACCUGAUGUCUGUACAUUUAACUCUCUGAUACAAGGCCUCUGCUUAACUAGUAACUAUAACAUUGCAAUGGAAUUGUUGAAGGAGAUGAAGACUAAAGGUUGCCAACCCGAUGAAUUUACUUACAACAUGUUAAUUGACUGCUUUUGUACUAAAGGGAAACUAGAGAAGGCAUUGAGCCUACUCAGAGAAAUGGAGUCAAGUGGCUGUUCAAGAAGUGUAAUAACUUAUAAUACUCUGAUCGAUGGAUUCUGCAAGAACAAGAAAAUUGAAGAAGCAGAGGAGUUAUUUGAUCAGAUGGAACUCCAAGGAGUUUCUAGAAAUUUAGUGACAUAUAACACACUUAUUGAUGGUCUUUGCAAGAGCAGGAGGGUAGAGGAGGCUGCUCAGCUAAUGGACCAGAUGAUAAUGGAAGGCUUGAAACCUGAUAAGUUCACCUACAAUUCCUUCUCACACACUUUUGCAGAGCAGGAGACAUAA